GCCAAAUAAUAAACAAAACGCAUCAAAAACGAUGGCAGUUCAGUAAAUUUCACUAAAAAGUUUCUUUCACAGAAAAAAUCAAGUAAAUCAGAGUUUUAACAACCAUGGACGAACUGGAACAGCUCGAGCACCUGUCGCUGGUGUCCAAGAUCUGCACGGAACUGGAAAACCACUUGGGCCUAAACGACAAAGAUUUGGCCGAGUUCAUCAUCGAUCUUGCGGAGAAAAACCCCUCCGAAGAGGGCUUCCGCCGCGUGCUGGGCGAAAACGGUGCCGAGUUUUCCGAAUCGUUCACCGCGAACCUGCUGCGCAUCAUCCAGCUGAUGAAGCCGCCCAAGAAUCGGUCAGGCGGUGGUGGCGCGGCCGAUUUCGAGCGGGACGAUCAGGUGGGCGCGUUGGCGUGCAAGUUUCCGGGGCUGGCCAUCCCGAACGCCAAGAAGGGGUACGAGUCGGAACCGGAGGAUGGCGAGGAGUUCGAGACGAAGAAGCGAACGAACGUGGUGGAUGAUAUGUUUGCGGAGUUGGAGAGUAUGGCGCCGUCGACGUCGAAGGGUGGUGGGAGUAAGAAGUCGAGGGAGCAGCAGGAAGUGGACAACAUGUUGGCGGAGUUGGAGAGUUUGGCGCCGUCGACUUCGUCGACUGGGAAGAGGGAAGAUCGUGAGGGGGGGAGGCGGGACCGACGGAGUAGAUCCAAGGACAGGAAGAGGAGUAGGUCGAGGGAGCGGAAGCGGAGUAGGUCGCGGGAUAGGGAUAGGGAGCGGAGGAGGAGGUCGCGGUCGAGGGAUAAGGAGCGAAGGAGGAGGAGCAGAAGUGGGGAGAGAGAUCGUAGGUCGCGUCGUAGUCGUAGCCGUUCAAGGGAUCGGAGAAGGCACCGCAGCAGGUCGAGGGAGUUUGAGCAGAGAAAGCGGACGCCGCCGCGGCAGAUGCCGGAGGAACCGGAGCCCGGUCAGAUCUACAACGGUAGGGUGGUCAACAUUGUGGCGUUUGGUUGCUUCGUUCAGUUGACGGACUUUCGCCGCAAGAAGGAAGGAUUGGUGCACAUUUCGCAGCUUUCGUCCGAGGGUCGGGUGAACACCGUGACGGAUGUGGUCAAUCGGAACGACAACGUAAAGGUGAAGGUGAUUUCGAUUGCCGGCUCAAAGAUAUCGCUCUGUAUGAAGGACGUUGACCAGGAAUCGGGCAAGGAUUUGAAUCCGCUGUCGCACGCGCACCUGCAGGACGGUGAAAUGGCCAACAGGAACCCGGAUCGACCGAUGAACGUACCGUCGAUGCUGAACAUCCAGGAGAAUGAUGGCGCAGAGGAGACAUCUCACAAGAAGGUGACGCGCAUCUCCAGUCCGGAGCGUUGGGAGAUCAAGCAGAUGAUUUCAUCCGGCGUGAUUGACCGCAGCGAGAUGCCAGAUUUCGACGAGGAAACGGGGUUGCUGCCGAAGGACGAAGACAGCGAGGCGGAUAUUGAGAUUGAAAUUGUGGAGGAUGAACCACCGUUUUUGCAGGGUCACGGUCGUGCGUUGCACGAUCUCUCUCCGGUGAGAAUCGUCAAGAAUCCGGACGGAUCGCUGGCGCAGGCCGCGAUGAUGCAAUCCGCGCUGGCGAAGGAACGUCGCGAAGUGAAGAUGCUUCAGCGGGAGCAGGAAAUGGACUCGGUUCCAACGAACAUGAACAAAAACUGGAUCGAUCCGUUGCCCGAGGAAGAUACGAGAGCGCUGGCGGCGAAUGUCCGAGGCGUCGGUAUGGCCAUGGCGGACGUCCCCGAGUGGAAGAAGGCCAUCAUCGGUGGCAAGAAGUCCUCGUACGGCAAGAAAACCGACAUGAGUCUGGUCGAGCAGCGACAGUCGUUGCCGAUCUACAAGCUGCGCGACGAUCUGAUCAAGGCCGUCACGGACAAUCAAAUUCUGAUCGUCAUCGGUGAAACCGGUUCCGGCAAGACAACCCAAAUCACGCAAUAUCUGGCCGAGUGUGGCUUCAUCGCGCGUGGCAAGAUCGGUUGCACCCAGCCGCGUCGUGUGGCCGCCAUGUCCGUGGCGAAGCGCGUGGCGGAAGAGUACGGUUGUCGGCUCGGGCAGGAGGUCGGAUAUACGAUCCGUUUCGAGGACUGCACCUCGCAGGAAACGGUCAUCAAGUACAUGACGGACGGUAUGUUGCUGCGCGAGUGCUUGGUCGAUUUCGACUUGAAGUCCUACUCCGUGAUCAUGUUGGACGAGGCGCACGAGCGGACCAUUCACACGGACGUUCUGUUUGGGUUGCUCAAACAGGCGGUCCAGAAGCGGCCGGAACUCAAGCUGAUCGUUACUUCGGCCACGCUGGAUGCCGUCAAGUUUUCGCAGUACUUUUUUGAGGCUCCCAUUUUUACCAUCCCAGGUCGAACCUUCCCGGUGGAGAUUCUGUACACCAAGGAACCGGAAACGGACUAUCUGGACGCGUCGUUGAUCACGGUUAUGCAAAUCCACCUUCGAGAGCCACCCGGCGAUAUUCUGCUCUUCCUUACGGGUCAAGAAGAGAUCGACACGGCUUGCGAGAUCCUGUACGAACGUAUGAAAUCGCUCGGACCGGACGUUCCAGAACUCAUCAUCCUCCCCGUCUACUCCGCCCUGCCCUCGGAAAUGCAAACCCGUAUCUUCGAUCCGGCCCCGCCCGGCUCCCGCAAAGUGGUCAUCGCGACCAACAUCGCCGAAACUUCACUCACAAUCGACGGAAUUUACUACGUUGUUGACCCGGGCUUCGUGAAGCAAAAGGUCUACAACUCCAAAACGGGCAUGGACUCGCUGGUCGUAACCCCCAUUUCACAAGCUGCCGCCAAGCAGCGCGCCGGUAGAGCUGGACGAACCGGCCCCGGAAAGGCGUACCGACUGUACACAGAGCGAGCGUACCGGGACGAAAUGUUGCCCACCCCGGUGCCGGAAAUUCAACGCACCAACUUGGCCACCACUGUGUUGCAGCUCAAAACGAUGGGCAUCAACGACCUGCUGCACUUUGACUUUAUGGACGCCCCACCGGUAGAAUCGCUCGUAAUGGCCCUGGAACAGCUGCACUCACUGUCGGCGCUGGACAACGAAGGUCUGCUGACGCGGCUGGGUCGACGAAUGGCCGAGUUCCCCCUCGAACCGAACCUCUCCAAGCUGCUCAUCAUGAGCGUUGCGCUCAACUGCUCCGACGAAGUCCUGACCAUCGUUUCGAUGAUCUCCGUGCAGAACGUGUUCUAUCGCCCCAAGGACAAGCAAGCCCUCGCCGAUCAGAAGAAGGCCAAAUUCAACCAUCGAGGAGAUCACCUCACCCUGCUUGCCGUGUACAACAGCUGGAAGAACAACAAAUUCUCAAACGCCUGGUGCUACGAAAACUUUGUCCAAAUCCGUACCCUCAAACGAGCCCAGGACGUGCGCAAGCAGCUGCUCGGCAUCAUGGACCGUCACAAGCUGGACGUGGUUUCCGCCGGCAAGAGCACCAUGCGCGUCCAAAAGGCCAUCUGCUCCGGCUUCUUCCGAAACGCGGCCAAAAAGGACCCCCAGGAAGGCUACCGCACGCUGGUAGACUCCCAGGUCGUCUACAUUCACCCGUCGAGCGCCCUCUUCAACCGGCAACCCGAGUGGGUCGUCUACCACGAGCUUGUCCAAACCACCAAGGAGUACAUGCGCGAAGUGACCACCAUCGACCCCAAGUGGCUCGUUGAGUUCGCACCCGCCUUCUUCCGCUUCUCCGACCCCACCAAGCUCAGCAAGUUCAAGAAGAACCAACGGCUGGAACCACUCUACAACAAGUACGAAGAACCCAACGCGUGGCGAAUCAGCCGAACCCGACGACGACGGAACUAAAGCAACUAAUGUUCCAAAUUAAAGUCUAUUUUUAUUUUUACUCUAAACUUAAUAAACACUACACCACUGUAGGAACUCAA